AUAGAGUCCAUAAUAUACUCAUUUCACGGCCCCGCCUCACCUUCAUUUCUUCUCUUGUGCGUUUCCCUUUAUUCAGUAAAAAGCCAUAAAAACUACGAGUAGAGGCAUGGAGCUCCAAUUCUUGUUGUUAUCAAUGGGUUGAAUUUUGUUUCUUUGGCAAUUUUUGCUUCAGUUGCUGUUUUCCUGUUUUUUCUCAAAGGACUGAUGAUAGAGGAGAGACACAUGCAUAAAAGACUUGCUGUUACUGCAGCGGUAGAUGUCAUUGCUGGAAAUGCAGACAUUCUAUCUCAAAUUCUACUCCAUUUGCCUGCAAGAUCUCUCAUCAGGUUCAGUCCAGUAUGCAAACUUUGGUACUCAAUCAUUACCAGUAUGCAAUUUAGGCUCAGUCAUAGUCGUACUCUUGCAUUUUCUAAUACUCUAACCCCUUCUGGGAUCUACUUUUACAAUUGCCUAACCAAUAUCCAAAAAGUUGAAUCCCUUCCACUAACUGAUAAUGUAACUAGCCUCCCUCCUCUUCAACUAGUUGACCACAUGGCUGCAACAUUAGGAGACACACUCAAGGAUCUGCAAGUUAAGGAUACGCAAGUCAAGGUUACACAGUCUUGCAAUGGCCUGUUAAUGUGUGUGAUCACUUGCAAAACCGCUGUAAGUAAUAUCAGACGUGGUAUUGUUUACAAUCCUGCAAAUAAAGGGUGUCAUUUAUUGCCUACACCCUAUGAUAACAAGUAUUCUGAAGUGGUCUGUUAUAAUCUGAUAGUUGAUCCUUUAGAACCACCAUAUUACAAAGCUGUGCGUAUUAAGCAUGUGGAUACCUAUUCUUCGGAUGUUGAAGUGAGUGUGUUUGUUCCAGGGAGUGAGUCAUGGAGAUCUUGUUGUCGUUUCUCUCGACCCUAUGGUAUGCGCUUUGACAGUGGAGUGUUUUGGAAUGGUGCAAUUCGUUGGAUUGGUGAAUACUCCUUCAUUUCCUUUGAUGCUAAAUCAGAGGAAAUUGCCAUGAAAAAUAUGCCACCAAGGCCUCAGGGAGAUUGUACCGAAAAGAUUAGGUAUUAUGGGGAAUGGGGCGGCCAUUUGCAUCUUAUUCAGGUUCAAAGCCUACAUGCCAAGAAAUUUAAUGUGCUUGAAUUAGACAAAGAUACCUGGAAGUGGUCAGUAAAAUAUCGUGUUCAUCUUGCUCGGUUAAUUUCAGCAUUUCCUGAGAUGGUUCAGCAGACAUCAUCUGGCACACAAUAUGCAUUUUCCAUUUUGUCAGUGAUUCGAGGAGUGAAAGAGGAAGAUUCAGUCCUACUGCUUACUAUUCCGGGGAAGGUGAUCGCCUACAACAUAGUGCUUAAAACUGCUGAAGUAGUCCGCGAGUUGCCUGGUGAAAUAGGUGAUACUUUACGCUUUAAUCAUGUUAGCGCUUAUCAUUAUACUGAAAGUUUGAUUCCGGUUAAAAAGUGAAUUUCUCCUGGAAAGAAGUUUUAUUGCAGGUAUUUCAUGUGAAGACUUCUUCAAAAAUGCUAGAAAACUAAAUUUCAAAUCUUAGCUUUCGUAGUUUAAUUUGGGGAUUCAGUAUAAAUGUUUAAGAACCUUUACUGAAAAAAUGAGUUCAAUGUUUUAUCUGCACAAAAAGAUUGUGCUCAACUCUUUAGUUAUUUAGUUUUAUAGUAUGAAUGAAUAUUGUGGUGCUCCUUGUUUGUUGGUA